AUGACUGUCGACGCCAAACCCACAGAGCUAGACACCCUUGUGGUGGGUGCCGGAUUUGCCGGCAUCUAUCAACUGUACAGCCUUCGCAACCUCGGAUACUCAGUCAGGGUCAUUGAUAAAGCUGGGGGUGUUGGCGGCACUUGGUACUGGAACCGCUAUCCUGGUGCCAUGAGCGACAGUGAAAGCUUUGUGUUUCGGUUCACUUGGGACAGGGACGACCUGAGAACCUACCCAUGGACCAACCGCUAUUUGCAGGGGCCAGAAAUCUUAAAGUAUCUUGAACACAUUGUGGACAGACACCACCUUCGCAAAGACAUUCAACUCAACACCGAACUGGAGAGCGCAGAUUGGGAUGCUGAACAAGGCAAAUGGCUCGUGACAACCAGCACCAACGAAGUCUUCGUGGUCCGCUACCUGAUCACCGCACUGGGUUUACUUUCCACAGCUAAACUGCCGAACAUACCAGGAUUGGACGAGUUCAAAGGAGAAAUCUGCCACACCUCCCGCUGGAGAGAUGAUUUCGACUUGAGCGACAAGCGAGUCGGUGUUCUUGGUAAUGGAUCUACGGGCGUGCAGGUCAUCACCGCCCUCGCCCCCCGAGUGAAGUCGCUGGUCAGUUUUCAGAGAUCUCCCCAGUACAGUGUCCCCAGUGGCAAUGGACCGGUGACGACAGAGUAUCGCCGGUGGUUGAACGAUCAUUACGACGAGAUCGUGGAGGGCCUCCCGAAAACUGCAACCGCGUUCGGGUUCACAGAGUCGACUACACCCUACGCCUCGGUGGAGCUCGACAGGCGUGAGGAGAUAUUUCAACGUCUCUGGGAUCAAGGCAAUGGGUUCCGGUUCAUGUUUUCGGGAUUCUCAGAUAUUUCCACCGACAAGGAGGCCAAUGAGGCCACCUGUAAAUUUGUCAAAUCGAAAAUUGCCCAGAUCGUCAAAGACCCGGAAAAGGCCAGGAAACUGAUGCCGCGAGAACCGUACGCGCGACGACCUCUCUGCGACAGCGGCUACUACCAGCAGUUCAAUCGCCCCAACGUCGAUAUCGUUAAUCUUCGGGACACCCCGAUCGACCGUUUUACCGCCACGGGGGUCAAGACAACCGACGGUAAAGUUCAUGAGGUGGACACCUUGAUCCUGGCCACCGGAUUUGACGCUGUCGAGGGAAGCUACACCAGGAUCCAACUUCGCGGAAGAUCGGGAAAAUCACUCGCGGAUCACUGGAAGAAUGGACCAACGAGUUACCUCGGGUCCUUUGUUCCUGGGUUCCCCAACCUCUUCAUGAUUAGUGGACCUCAGGGGCCAUUCGCGAACGCCCCUCCGAACGUCGAGAUGCAGGUCAAUCUCAAUAACGAGCUGAUCCAACGAGCGGAAAGACUGCGAGCGACGGGCAAAGCUGCGGUCGUCGAAGCGAUUCCUGAGGCCGAGGCGGACUGGAGCGAACAUUGUAACGAAUUGGCCCAGACCACCUUGUUCCCGAGUAUCCCGUCGUGGAUAUUCGCAACCGUACCGGGGGCCCCGAAACCUAUCCCUCGCUUCUUCCUGGGUGGUCUUGCCAACUUUAUCACAGUUUUGGAUGGCGUUGCCAAAGCAGGCUAUGACGGCUUUGCAGCUCCUCUAGGAAACGGUCGGAAGGAGGUCUGCAAUGGCACUUCGAAGACUGGCUCUCUCGAAAAUGUCACCUUGGAAAAAGGCACAGUCGAGGUUGCACUUGCCUGA